AAUUGACUGAUCACACAGUAUGCUAACCUGUUUGUAGGAAACACGGCAAAGUAAAUUGAAUGAGAUGUUACGAUAAAUGAUAAAAGUUACCAUCGGAUACUUUAUCGUAAUAAACGUCAUAGAACUUUAACGGAGUUUCCUGCAUCAUUUGUUCAGUGUUUUGCGGCAAUUCUUUACAAUUCAAUUUACUAUUGGAGCAUCCACGUGAAAGAAGGAGCAAAACACUAUGGAUCCAGAGAAGCUGAAGAUUACACGGCGAAACCGGAAGGGUAAUCUUACAAGAACAAUGAAAGAAUUGCAUAUGCUAACCAUGCAGCCAGACAAACACGAUGAGAUAAAUAAAGCUAUUGAAAAGGCAAAGGCAAAGUUUGAGGCUAUUGAAGCAUCCCAUGAUGAGUUAAUUGAGCUUUUGGCUAAUGAAGCGGAAUAUGUUAAAGAAGAAGAAUGGAUGGUCCAAUGUCAGGAAGAGUUCCUUUCCGAGAUGAGGGUAAUUGAGUUACAUCUAGCCGAAGUGUGGAAAGACAAGUCUGAACAGAAAUCAGAGAUCGUUCAAGAUGCUGAAACAGUUGAAAUCAAUCCAGAGACCAAAGAGAAGGUCGAGGUAACUGAAAAUAAAGGUAGCAAAAAUGAACAAAAUGUUGAAUCAGAACCGCCUAAGGCGGAUGAAAAUGUUAGUGUUAAUGAUGUAAAUGUAAAGAGUAAUGCAAGUUUAAUUGGUUUGUUUCAAACAUUGGCUUUGCCAAAAACCAAGGUUAAGCAAUAUGAGGGAGAUCCUUUAUAUUACCAUGCAUUUAUAUCAGGUUUCAACAAUAUGGUGACAAAUGUACCAGAUUAUGGAUUAAAGUUAAACACCUUAUUGUCGUACUGUUCAGGCAAAGCCCUAGAGUCUAUACAGUUUUGUGUAUUAAAACCACCUAAGGAAGGCUAUGAGGCUGCGUGUAAAACGCUUAAAGAGAAAUUUGGCAAUACAGGAGUGAUAGUGCAAGCUUGGGUAAGUAAAAUCACCGAUAGACCCAAGAUAGAGGUGAAUGCAUUAAAACAGUAUGCAGAGGAUCUAGACAAUUGUUUUCAAACCCUUAAGGAAUUAGGAUACCUCAACGAAUUAAAUAAUCAAAGUAGCCUAAAACUAAUCAUUGAAAAAUUACCAAGAUUUCUUAGAAACAGGUGGCAGAAGGAAAACUACCAACUGAAAUUAAAAUCCGAGAAUGCUACACUUGAGGAUGUUGUGAAGUUCAUUAGAACAUGUGCACUGGAAGUUAAUGAUCCUGUCUUCGGAUUCAGUGAAAUCAGGCAGCCAACUCACACAACAAAGGUUAGAAAAGUACAGGUAAACAACAUGAACUGGAAUGCAGAUCGAGAAAGAUCACCAAAGUGCUGGGUAUGUAAGUCUAAUGAACACUGGCCGGAUCAGUGUAGCACACUGCUAAAGGCUAAGUCACAAGAAAGGUUUGAGCUUGCGAAAACCAAUCAUGUAUGCUAUGCCUGUUUAAAGGUAGCCGGCAGAAAUCACAACAUAUCUAACUGUAGAAGGAGAAAAACGUGCUCCAAAAGGGUGAAUGAUAAGCAAUGUGACAAGUACCAUCAUCCCUUGUUACAUCCUGAAAGGGAUACAGGAACGGUGAAAUUGGUAAACUGCUCAAAGGGUAUCUAUGAUCAACCAUUAUUAAGAGUUGUCGAAGUAGGAGUAUCAGUCGGAAAGAAAUGGAAAAGGGCAAAUGUUAUGCUAGAUAAUGGAUCUCAGGGAACUUUCAUCAGAAAAGGCUUUGUAGAAGAAUUGCAAGCCAGAGGUAAACGAGUAACCGCAACAUUAACAACCAUAGGUGGGAAAGAAACAUAGUGUGAAACCAGAAUAUUUAAGGUUCAAU